AUGGGAAAUGUUAAUGAAUGUUUUUAUUAAAAUAUUUCAUAGAAUUUAAAAAUUUCUGAUUCUGAAAUUGAAAAAUAAGAAGAAUUAGAGAUUAAAACAUUUAAGACUGAAGUUUAAUGCAAAUAAGAAUUAUAAAAUAUUGAACCUUAACCAAAUAAAAAGGUAAAUAUAUAAUAAUCAGAACAAUAAUAAAACGAUAAUAAAGUUAGUUAUUUAUGUCCAAGAAAUUUUAUUUUCAAAUUUGAAUAGCUGUUUGAUUCUUCUUAAAAUGAACCAAAAAAAAUUGUUUGGAUUCCUGUUCCAAUCAUUCGAAUAACAAAAAAGACUUCUCCAACUAAAUAGACUAAUGAUUAAUUAGAAUAAACUGCGGAAGACUUAAAAAUAGAAGAAUAAUUAAAACCUUAAAAAAAUUGA